AUGUCGCCCGGUCAUAACGUUAACGAUAACCAAACGACAAAUUCCAAUAUGAAUUCCUACACAGUACAUGUGGGAGAACAAACUUUUCGUUUAUUGCGCUCUUCAAUAACCUAUGACUCACCAAAUCUUUUUUCUUAUACUUUUCUCCGUGAAGAAGCGACUUCGGGAGAUGCGGAAACAAACAAUUCUGCUGAAGCAGACUCGUUCGUUAGCGGUUCGGACGGCUCCGGAAAAGACAAUGAUCCGUCCGCUAUCGUCGAGAAUCCAACUGCAAGUGAUUUGAAACUCUCACAUAAGGGAAAGUCAGGCACUCAUGCACAAAAUUAUUUUUCGUCGAAUUCUUCUAUUACAAUCGACAGAGAUCCUAAGCUAUUUGAAAUCAUUUUGAGAUAUCUUCGAGGUUAUAAUAUAUUUCCACUUUCUUCAGUCAAUUUACCACCAGGAAUGUCCCUUGACCUCUUUCGAGAAAGUUUAUUAGAAGACGCACGGUUUUAUCGUUUAGACCGGCUCGCACAACUUCUUCAAGCUGAGACACCUACACCUUUAUGUUAUAAGGAUCCAUUCACAUCAGCAGAAAAGAUCCUUUUAUCUCUUCGCGAUGUGCCGAUUCACAAAGAAAUCAUCAAACCAAAGCUCGAUGGAUCAUCUACUAUUGAAUUCUUUACCGGAGCGGUGCUUACUAUUGAACUUGAACCAUCAGAUUCUUCUUCAGAUACUUCUAUACGGUUUCAUACAAAAUUUUUAAACGAACAAGAUCAAAAAGCUUUGGAAACAUUGGGAGAGAUUUGUGGAGAAAAUUCACAAAUUCAAAUUUCAAGACAGCUUUACGCUAAUAUGCAAGAUACGUUGAAUGGCAUACGAUUAGAAAUUGAUGGGGUGCAGAUCACUGGUAUGGACAUUGCUUCCAUAGGAACUUAUAAUCAGAGUAAUCAAAGGGUCAAGGCGUUAGAAGACAUGUUUAGAAUUUCAGGAGGCCAACGUUUAGUUAUAUAUGCACAAGAGUUUGUUUUUAGAUUGGAUCGAAUUCAACCUAAUACUACUGAUAGCAACCAAAUAAGUUCGGGUACUGUUGAGAAUAAUCAAAACUGUGACAAUCUCAAUGGUAAGGUUCCUUCAGACAGCAAUGGUGUAGAAGUAACUGCCAGAAAUGGACAAGAAGACAUUGAACGUCCUAACGAUGCUGCUAAUAGAUCAAACACAGUCGAAGAAGUGGAUGAUCACAAUCAUAGCGAAGAGAGCAACGUUAGUAAUGUAACGAAUGCAAACGAAGGUAAUAUGGUGUAUCUUGGCGUUGUAUGGGCAAAAGGUUGGACACAAGAAUGGUGGGCAUGGAAUGAGUAUAGAAUGAAAUUAGAUGCUCUUCAAUGA